CUGAGCAGCUUUUCUUUUCUUGGACUCAUGAUCUUCAUCAGAACCUUUUGCUUUAAUGGGAUGUGUGCUGUGUCUUAUUAUCUGAUCAGACCACUUCCUCUGCGCACGCAUGCACGCAGGCAGGCAGGCUGAAAGAUCCUUGUAAAAAAGAGUCACAGCACCAUGGAUUAUCUCCAAAAGAGGAAUCUAACUUUUUUCACCAUUGGCCUAAUAUUCAUGUUAAGCGGCAUAGAAUACGCUGUCAUUCUGCCCACAAUAUGGCGCUAUCUCCAGAUCCUGGAGGCGCCGCCGUAUUUCUUGGGUCUGGGUCUGUCCGCUUUCAGUCUGAGCGGCCUACUCACCGGACCGCUCUUUGGCUGCUGGUCGGAUCGCAGCGGAAGCACCAAGUCCAUUAUUCUGUUCUCUAAUCUUUUCGAGAUCGCCGGUAACUUCAUGUAUUUUGUGGGCUAUUCCAAGUGGCUUUUAGUAGGCAGUCGUCUUGUCACAGGUGUCGGCGCGGGAGCGGGAUCAUCCAUCUUCGGUUUCCUGACUCAAAGCACCCGGCCGGAGGAACGGGCCGGUGUUUUUGCGGCUGUUAUGGCCUGUCGACAAGCUGGCCUACUUGUGGGGCCGGCGUUCAACCUGUUUCUGCGGCUGUGUAAUUUCAAACUCGGAGCCUUUGUUGUCAACAAGUUUACAUCUCCCGGGAUCUUCAUGUGCUUGUUGUGGUCGCUGCUCCAGUUUGUGGUCAUGGCUAUGUACUGGGACUUACCUCCCAUCGACGCCGCGGAAGGGGCCGUCGCCAUGACGGAGCUGAAAGCCGAGGCAGACGAGGACGAGGAAGACGAACCGCUGAUCGGGUCGGAAGGAAACCGGGCAAACGCCUACAAAGCCCUCGACUCGGACGCCUCCUCCGUUGGAUCUGAAGCGUUCGAUAACUACAGCGUCAGUCGGGAGUUCCUGAGGGAGGAGGUGAUUGUUCUUCUCACGGCUCAGUUCAUCACUCUCUUCAAUCAGACGGCGCUGGAGACCAUGGUGACACCUCUGACGCAGCGCUACUUCGGCUUCGACGAGUUGGGCAACAGCGUGAUGUACAGCCUGUGCGGUGUGGAAGUCAUCCUGGGCUUCCUCUUCGUUCGCUGGCUGAGCGGCAAGAUGGCCGACCGCGCCGUGCUGAUCGCGGGCCUGCUGAUCUGUUGCGCCGCCUGCGUCUGGUCCCUGGUCUUUCUCUGCGACCUCCGAGGUAGCUACGAGUGGAAACUGUCGGCCUUUGUUAUCGGUGUCUUCCUUCAGCUGUUGGGGCUCCCCUUUGUGGCAGUAUCUCAGGUGUCUCUCUUCUCCAAAGUCACGGCGGAGAAAACGCAAGGAUUCAGCCAAGGAAUACGACGAUCGGUAGGAGGCCUCGCUACCAUCAUGGGUCCUUUGUGGGCCGGAGGCUUGACCAAUCAUUUAUACAUCAUGAUUGGCAUGAUGCUAGCACUCCUUUUGAUGGUCACAGUGAUGACGGCGUUGUCGUACGGCCGCUUAACUCAGCCACGUGUAUGGCGCUGCGCACGAAGCUCGGACAAUGGCGGAUAACAGACGUUCAUUUCGGGGAGGAGGAUCCGUGCACGCCCAAAGACUGGAAAAGACUGUGACCAACAGAACAGUCGUCAAUAGUGGAAAAACUGAACUGAAAUGCAAUUUUCAGGUGUUAUUAUUUGACUUCGGUGUUUUAUUUUCCUUGUUCCAUAUUUUUCUUUUUCAUUGUAUUUUACACAUUGACACAAGAAACACAAGAUAACUUUUCAACCUUUAUAAAAUAUUUUUAUAACAUUUGUGAAAAUAUGUCGAAUGACAAUUAGUUGAAUGACACAUCUUUUAUAUCUUGAGGGGGUCUGUAUCGCUUUCACUGGCACUAAUUAACUUUGAGGAGGUGGCAGGAACCCUGCACACACACAAAAAAACCUACAAAUGUGCUGACUGCUUUACAGCAUACGUCACUUCCAUAAGCGGAUUUUAAGGGGGGCUAGGGGGACCAGGCCCUCCCUGGUGGCCGACAAGUGUCAUUGCAUAUAUUUGACUUUCCUAUAUAUAUAUAUAUAUAUAUAAAAGUUGUAAAGCAAUAAAACUUAAUGAAAGAACAACAAAACAACAAAAAUGAAAGAAAUGAAAUGAACAAAAAAAUAUAUUUUCAUAAUGAGUUGAAAUUAUUUUUCAAACAGAUCAUGUGACAAGCAACUUAGACGAUCAUUUGCUUUGCAUAAAAUUCCCCCCCCCCCCCCCCCCCAAAAAAAAAUAGGGGAGGGCAAUUUUAUUUUUCAAAUGAUUUUUUUCUUUGAUUGAAUUUUUUUAUUUUGGGGGGGGGGUUAAAUGAUUUAGACACAAAUGUCCUACCCAUAAUAUGGCCCAAACACAAAAAGGAUUGCAUCAAUUAAAGAAAGGUUUUUCAAUGAAAAAUUAAGUGUUUGAAACUUUAAAUGCAAAUUUCAAUUCUAAAAUAUUUGUUCGCAUUCAAAAACUUUUUCCAUGAUUGAAAUUUUUAACUUUUUUUUUUUGAUUGAAGUGAUUUUUCUUUUUGAAAAUAUAUAUUUUUUGAAACAACUCAUUUUUUGAUUGAAAAAUAAAGAAAAAAAUGACAAAAGAAAAAUAGCUUUCACAUGCAUUUUUUCAGUUCCAAAUUUAUUUUUGCAUUCAAACACAUUUGAUUUGAUUGAAGCGACUUUUUUUUUGACUGAAUAAUAAAGACACAAAUCUACCUCCAUAUGACUCCGCCCAGGGGAUACCAUUUUUGACACCGGCGAGCGUACCAUAUUCAAUGGAUGACGAUCUUGGCGAAAAGUAUUGCCUAAGCAGCCUGAUUUAGAAUUCCUCUCAAGAAUGAUGGAAAACAAAUAACGCUCAUUGUCAACUUAUUAUUAUAAAUAUUCUUGUAAGUUAAUUUUUAUUGCUGACACUGCGUUUCGGGGUCAUCAACAGGUUGUGCCCCCCUUCCCCAAAAGUCAAACUCCGCCUAUGGUCACUUCCAGUGUUGGGAAAGUUCAUUUUCUACAUGAACUAGUUCAAAUUGCAGUUGACAAAUUUUAAAAUGAACUGUUCAGUUCAUAGUUCAUAAUUCAAAAUUUUGAACUAAAGUUCAUGGUUCCAAAAAAUGAACUUUUGUAGUUCAGUUCUUUUUGUUCGCCAAAAAUUUUUGCAAGCUAUUAUUGGCAGUGUCCAUAUAGAACCACAGACAGCAAUUCAUGUAUCCUUUUUAACACUGAAACUAUGUGUCAGAUUCAUCUUCAUAUUCAAUUUCAAAUCCUUGUCCAACCAGGGUUUACACUAGCAGUGAAGGGGCAGCCUUCAGACUACUGGGAUUUCCAUAAUGCUUUGCUGCCACUCAUUCAGUCCACACAUUAGCAGCUCUACAGCUUUUAUCUACAGUAUAUUUUCAUGAGCAUAAGCAAAACCUUGCUGUAUACUGCAGAACUAGGUUGUCUAGCUGCGGCUGGGAGAGACAGAAAACGGGGCCACUCUGGUAUGCUGUUAGCGGUAUUUGGGUGGCAGAGGUACUGCUCUGGCCAACCGUUGCCGUCUCUUUCUUAAUCGCACAUGCUCGCAGUCGCAGAUACCUAGCAAGGCUUGUCGCAUGCUUUAUAUCGAUGUGCCGUUUAAGGUUG